UGCGUCUAGGAUUGUUUGUAGUGCAUAACUUCCAAAGAAUAACUUUCAAAUCAAAUGAAAGAUAAAGUGCUUAAAAACAAGGAAUGUUUCCAUCAAAGAAGAGUGUCAUCUCUGCUGGAUGAUCAUCGUGAAAAGCAUCGCGCUGGUGGUGACGGCGGCGGUCUUCUUCGCCGGCAUCGUGGCCCUCGGCCUGUUCGCGAGCCAGUGGGCGGACGGCGGCUUCUCGUGGCCCGUGGAGCAAAGCAGGGCCAUCACGGACGAAUUCAUCAACAGCGAGGUCAACCCUGAAAAUAUCAGAAACAACCUUAGGCAUUUGACUUCUCGGCCUCACCUGGGUGGAACUGAGGCCGAGUGGGAGAACGCGCGGUGGGUCGCCGACGUCUGGAGAGAGCAGGGCCUCGACGACGUUCAUCUGGUGCCUUACGAUGUCCUGCUCUCUUACCCGAAGAAUGAUACGCCCAAUUUGGUCCGGAUCGUGAAUUCAGUCGGCGAGGAGAUCUGGGCGUCCCACGGAUGGCAGAAGCCGAUUUAUGCUCCCGAGGAAUCGUCUUCAGAAGUCCUUCCUAAUUUCAACGCCUUUUCUGCCCCAGGAAAUAUCACGGGAGAUGUGGUGUAUGCACAUUUCGGCCGUGACCAAGACUUCAAAAAAUUGGAGGAACUUGGUAUCGAUGUCAAAGGAAAGAUAGUCUUGGCUCGGUAUGGUGAGGUCUUCAGGGCCAACAUCGCAUCGACGGCGGAGAGCCAGGGGGCCGCCGGGGUCUUGCUCUACAGCGACCCCCAGCAGUACGCCCCCUUUGGUGAGGACGCCGUAUACGCAGACACCGUAUACAUGCCUGGCUCCGCUGUGCCGGCCGGGACAGUGUAUCUGAAGGACGGCGAUCCUCUCACACCUUUUUAUCCCUCAGUUGAGAGCGCCUACAGGUUACCCGAAGAAGAGGCCAGCCUUCCCAAAAUUCCCAUCCAGCCAAUUAGCUACGACGACGCCAGAGAGAUCCUCGGUCGCAUGAAUGGACCCGAGGCGCCAGAGGAGUGGCAAGGCGGACUGAAUAUCACGUACCGUCUCGGACCGGGUUUCCAAGAGGCGGGCUGGGAAGUCCACCUCGAAGUGCAUACACACAACGUCCGCACAACCACUUACAACGUCGUGGCUACCAUCAGGGGGAGCGAGGAGCCAGACAGAUACGUGAUACUCGGAAACCAUCGUGAUGCCUGGGUGUUUGGCGGGAUAGACCCCUCGUCGGGCACGGCUGCCUUGCUGGAGGUGACGCGUGUGCUGGCCAGCCUCAAGAACGAGACAGGCUGGAAACCUCGUCGGUCCCUGGUGGUGUGCUCGUGGGGAUCCGAGGAAUACGGCCUCAUAGGGUCCCAGGAGUGGUCGGAGCAGUUCGGAAAACAGCUGAUGGACAGGGCAGUGGCUUACCUCAAUGUUGAUAUGGCCAUUGAAGGGAACUACACUUUACGUACGAAAGGCGUUCCUUUGUUAUAUGGUCCCGUGUUCGAGGCGGCAGCAAAGGUGCCCAACCCCGACCCGUCUGAGGUGCAGGCUGGGAGGACGACCGUGUACGACACUUGGGCGGCUCGACAGCCCGACGACGACCACCCUGGACGUCCUAGAGUGACUAACGUCGGUUCGGGUAGUGACUACAAGCCCUUCUUGCACAACCUGGGAGUUCCUGCGCUUGACAUCCGCUACACCCACGAGCCUGAAAUGUACGCUGAAUUCUUGUAUCAUACGCUGUACGAGACCUUCGCAUUAGUAGACGAGUUGUAUGACAUCGGGUUUAAUUUCCACGCAGCCAUGGCCAAGUUGUGGGCGAUUAUGGCCGUGGAUAUCGCCGAUGCUCUGUUGAUUCCUUUUAGCGUGAUGGAGUACAGCAACUUCCUGACGAAGGGACAACAGGAGCUGCUACAGGAUUAUGGUGAACUCAUCUCCUCUAGGAAUAUUACUAUGGAGUAUUUCGAGGCCUCAGUCACUGGUUUUUCACAAGCAACUCAGAAAUUCCUAGAUGAUUUAGACCUUCUGGAUACCACGAACGCUCUGGCUGUACGCCGUGUCAAUGACCAGCUGAUGAUGGUGGAGCGGUCUUUCAUCGACCCUCGAGGGCUUCUGGGCCGACCAGACCACAAUCACGUGAUCUUGGCGCCCAGCACCAGUAACAGUUACUCGGGAACCGCCUUUUCCGGCUUGACGGACCCUCUGGAGGGGAUCCAAGACCUGGAUCCUAUCCAGCAGGAGGCGCGAUGGACCCAGUUCUCGCAGAAUUUGGCCAUCAUCACCCACUUCAUCAAUACGGCAUCUAAGGUCCUUUCAGACGAUCUAUGGUAGAGUGGUCUUCCAUGCGGUAUUUCACCAGUUUAAUGAAGAUAUAAAUAUAUGAGCUUUUAGGUUAUAAGAUAUCCCAGGGGAGAGACGCGUUAGAUUAUGAAAAGCUGAAGAAAACACCAAACUAUA